UCUGUGCCGGAGGAAACUCACAGGCUGGGACAUCGAUCCUGCUGAACUGGCUCAUACAGUGUCCCUUCUGCAUUGUGGAAAUUAACUUUCAGGCACAACUUGGAUGCAGGAAAUCCUAACGCUCAUCUAUAGCAACGGAGACCCCACAUCAGUAAAGACAGAGUAUAGUUGGGAUCGUGUUCCCUGGAUAGAACAGUAUACUGGCCGAAGCAAACUGGAGAACAGGCCGUCCCCCCGGCUCAUCACAACACAUCUCCCUUUUAAUUUAUUUCCGCAAUCUUUCUUCAAGACAAAUGCCAAGAUUAUCUACACCAUACGAAAUCCAAAAGAUGUCUGCGUGUCUAUGUAUUUCUUUUCCCUGAUUGCGCAGUUCUUGGAAUACAGGGAAGAUUUCCAAGAAUUUGUCUCCUUGUUUCUAAGUAAAGACAUGUCCUAUGCUGGUUGGUUUGAUCAUGUAAAAGGGUGGUUGUCAUUUAAGGACAACCCAAAUUUUCUUCUUCUGACAUAUGAGGAUAUGGCAAAGGAUCUGAAAAGCAAUGUGAUUAAGAUCUGUCAGUUUCUUGGAAAGGAGCUGGACGAUGCCGCAAUAAAUUCAGUUGUGGAAAAUUCCUCUUUCAAAGCAAUGAAGGACAAUGAAAUGUCCAACUACAGUGCAGUGCCUGACUAUAUAUUCAGCAAAGCAAAAGGGGCAUUUCACAGAAAAGGUAUCAGUGGAGACUGGAAGAACUAUUUUACUCCUGAACGAGAAAGAGAAUUCGAUAAGAUUUACCAAGACCUCAUGACAGAUGUCAACCUCCAGUUUGCAUAGGAUGAAUCAUACAAGAAUUACUUCAGCAAGUUCUUUAAUCAGCACGCUCCAUAAAUUCAGCUUUAGCUUUAAUUUGGUGCAAGUCAUACAAUGCCCACUUCACACUGUUCUCUUGAAUCGUUAAUACUCACAGACAGCACCAUCCACAGGAUUCUUUUAAAAUGCCUCUUCUGGAACCUGGGCUCUGACCUGAAAAUUGAGUAAAGUUUCAGACUGCCUUGAGUCUAAAACGUUGCUGAAUUUUCGAGCCCAUGCCCAUGUUGCAAUAAAGGCGUUUUAAAAGAAUCCUGUGGCUGGUGCUGUCUGUGAGUAUAUUCAUACAAGAAUUACAUCAGUAUAUUUCAAUAUUCUGAAUAGUGUACAGGUAUGGGACCUAUUAUCCAGAAUGCUCAGGACCUGGGGUUUUCCGGAUAACGGAUCUUUCCGUAAUUUGGGUCUUCAUGCCUUAAGUCUACUUGAAAUUCAUUUAAACAUGAAAUAAACCCAAUAGGCUGGUUUUGCUUCCAAUAAGGAUUAAUUAUAUCUUAGUUGGGAUCAAGUACAAGCUACUGUUUUAUUAUAACAGAGAAAAAGCAAAUCAUUUUUAAAAAUUUGGAUUAUUUGGAUAAAAUGGAGUCUAUGGGAGAUAGCCAUUCCGUAAUUUGGAGCUUUCUGGAUAUCGGGUUUCCUGAUAAGGGAUCCUAUACCUGUAAUAUGUGCAUGUUUCUAUUAUUUUUCAUACCUUUUUCUACUAGGAACAAUGUAAUAUAAUAAAUUAUGGAUAUAAACUGAAUAUUGACUUUAGUGUGUGUGGGAAUGCAGUAGGGACCUUAGACUGUAAGCUCCCGUGGGGCAGGGACUCAUGUGAAUGAUAAACAAUCUAUGUACAGCAUUGUUUAACAUGUUGACUUUAUAUAAAUAAAGUAUAGUAAUAGAUGAAUCGUUUAUAUGAUGGAAUGCAGAGAUAUAUGACAAGUAUUGUUGGAAGUUAUAUGUGUUUUUAUGUAACUUUAUUUUCCAUUAGAGAAUCUAGGGCUCAUUUAUGAUGAGCCACAGUUUAUCCACACUUCAAGUUGCUCUUUGAAUUAAAAAGGAGUCCAAAAGCAGGAAUUAUUACAAGAGUUUAAUUGCUCCUUGCAUCCUCUGGCGGCGCUCCCUUUCACCUCCUGAAUGGUGCUCAAGUUGGUGACUUGAUGUCCUAUCUACGUCCUUCUGGAAAGUGCUGCAUAUAGAAACCAGCACAAUACUCUGCACUGCAUGUUGCAAAACUAAAGGGUUAUACCACUGGGCAUAUGCAGAGAAUAUCAUAGGGGCAAGGUAUGAAGUGAUAAAUGAUGUGCUUUGCCCCACAAAAUAAAUAUAACCCUAUUUUCAGUUGCUUUGCUCCACAAACUUUGCAGCUUUAUUAUUACCCUCUACACGUAGCAUCAUAAGGUAAUAAAGUCCCUAUCUCUAUCUUUAGAGUGCUAUUAGGAAAAACCCAGGAAGACGCAGGAAAAUUCUUCUACCCUUGCAUACAAGUGUGCAAUACAAGCCUACUAUUUUCCACUUAUCAUUAUUGAUAUAUCACUGCAAUAAACUUUAUGAGCGAAGAAAGAUUGCACAAAAGAUGUGUAUAGUUCAAAUUUACUGAGACGUCAAGGAAAAUAUAUAUCUGUUCUGUUAGGAUCUAUUACCUGUAUCUGUUCUGUUUCUACAGAAUCAUGUGGCUUAAUGAACCGGUCUCAUGGUUUGCUGUUUAUGUGCAUGGAAUUCCCUUAUUAAAAUCCAUCUUUACCUCCA